GCAUGGAAUACUGAGAUAGGCUGGUUGGUGUAGAAGGAAACAAAGAAGCACUGUGAUAGAUAAAGCCGUUCUUCAAAAGCAGUUUGGUGCAACUCUGAAUGACACCAGGCCGAAACAAGGAGAUCAGAUAUCAACAAGGCGCUGUCACAAAGAAAACAAUCUUCCAAGUAUUCGUUUCAACGAGCCCCAUAGGACCCAAGAAAGAGGUACACGCCUGCAACUGCUUCGCCGCCACCCGCAAAACCGCCUUGCCCAAGAAUGUUCUGGGAAGUCAUCAGUGAUGAACAUGGCAUAGAUCCCACUGGUACCUACCAUGGAGACAGUGACUUACAGCUGGAGAGGAUCAACGUCUACUACAACGAGGCCUCAGGUGGCAAGUAUGUGCCCAGAGCUGUCUUGGUUGAUCUGGAACCCGGCACCAUGGACUCUGUCAGGUCUGGACCUUUUGGGCAGAUAUUCAGGCCUGAUAACUUUGUCUUUGGUCAAAGUGGUGCUGGAAACAACUGGGCCAAAGGACACUACACAGAAGGAGCUGAGCUGGUGGACUCUGUCCUAGAUGUGGUAAGGAAGGAAGCGGAGAGCUGUGACUGUCUCCAGGGGUUUCAGCUCACCCACUCUCUAGGUGGGGGCACUGGAUCAGGGAUGGGGACCCUGUUGAUCAGCAAGAUCCGAGAGGAAUACCCUGACCGUAUCAUGAACACCUUCAGCGUGGUGCCGUCCCCCAAGGUUUCGGACACAGUGGUGGAGCCUUACAAUGCCACUCUCUCAGUGCACCAGUUGGUGGAGAACACGGAUGAGACGUACUGCAUUGACAAUGAGGCCCUGUAUGACAUCUGCUUCCGAACCCUCAAGCUUACAACUCCCACCUACGGAGACCUCAACCAUUUGGUCUCUGCUACCAUGAGUGGUGUGACCACCUGCCUCCGUUUUCCUGGCCAGCUCAAUGCUGACCUUCGCAAGCUGGCGGUUAACAUGGUACCCUUUCCUCGUCUCCACUUCUUCAUGCCCGGCUUUGCCCCUCUGACCAGUCGUGGCAGCCAGCAGUACCGGGCCUUGACUGUGCCAGAGCUGACACAACAGAUGUUUGAUGCUAAGAACAUGAUGGCAGCCUGUGACCCCCGCCAUGGGCGUUACCUGACUGUAGCGGCAGUCUUCCGUGGUAGGAUGUCCAUGAAGGAGGUGGAUGAGCAGAUGCUGAACGUGCAGAAUAAGAACAGCAGCUACUUUGUAGAGUGGAUCCCCAACAACGUGAAGACAGCUGUGUGUGACAUCCCACCCCGUGGCCUCAAAAUGGCAGCCACUUUCAUUGGGAACAGCACAGCCAUCCAAGAGCUCUUCAAGCGCAUCUCUGAGCAGUUCACAGCCAUGUUCCGCCGCAAGGCCUUCCUCCACUGGUACACGGGAGAGGGCAUGGAUGAGAUGGAAUUCACGGAGGCAGAGAGCAAUAUGAAUGACCUGGUCUCAGAGUACCAGCAAUACCAGGAUGCUACUGCUGAAGAAGGAGAAUUUGAAGAGGAGGCAGAGGAAGAAGUAGCAUGAAGAUCUCCUCUCUCUCUCCCUCCCCCAUGACUCCUCCUUAUUCCCACCAGUCUUCUAAACCAAUGGACCAUAUUGCCUGCACUGGCAUAGACUUGAACUUUCUAGACCAGGGUUGGGGAACCUGUUGCCCUCCAGAUGCUGUUGGACUCCACCUCCUUUCUUCCCUAACCAUUGGCCAUGCUGGCUGGGACUGAUGGGAGUUGGAGUCCAACAACAUUGGGAAGGCCACAGGUUCUCCAUCCCUGUUCUAGGCCAACCUAAAGGAAUUAAGUUAUGUGUUUAAGUCCUUCCCACCUACCUAUCCCAAAUGUUGCAAGGUGGAAUGAUGGAUACAGAAUUGAUGGGGGUAACAGGCUUCAAAGCUGUGUUCUGGAAUGACAGUGAGCGGUAAUAUGUCUAGCUAAACCACUACCAAUAUAUUUUUUCAUCUUACCCCACACCUGUUCUUACCCCUCUGCCCACUCUCCAAGGCACCUUUCCUGCUGCGAUGUCUGUCCUUAGUGUUCUGUGGUCAUGUAUGUUUUUUUGUUUUCAGAGAUGAAUAUGCACUAACUUGUAACUUGCAUUGUUCUUUUGUUUCUUCAUCCAUGCUGGGCUUAAAGAGAAGAUUAAUGGAACUUAGAGGGGUUGAGGGGGGAUGGGGCUCUGUCCUUUAGGGUAAAAUGUAGUCCCCCUUUUGAGUGUUUGCUGUCAAAGCAGUUAUGUCUCCAUAAUAAACUAUUGAACUAUGAUAACAGGCUAAU